AUGGACGCCGAUUUGCGCAAGUGUGCGCAAGAAGCCUUGGACAAUGGGCCUGAUGAGGACGAGCAGUCAGAAAGUGGUUGCAACUGGAUUGGUGGAAUCUUGUUGGCCUGGACGUCUCCUCCAGUGGUCCGCGAUGUGAAGGCUAGUGUCCAGAAGAAUUUCCGAAGGCCGAUCUCUCCUGGUGAUGUUCUUCACUCAGUGAGUGGACAGGAAGUGGAGAACAUGUCACGUGCAGACAUCCUUCGUGCUCUCACCCGUUUUGAUGGCGGGCUUGGCUUUCGUGCGAAGCAGGCCGCCAACAUCAGUCUGGCGGAUUUGCUUCGAUGCAACUCCACAGCCAUGGAGCCGGUGGCACCUCAGCGAGGGGAAAGGCGUCGGCCUCCUGGUGGAGUGGCAGAACAAGCAUUGCCUGACGAGGGCUUCAAUUCCUUUGGGUGGCUCUCGCCCAUCUAUUUGCCACCAGACAGGGAUAUUCGCGGAAACCUUCACGGUGGAGAUGUCUACGUGCACGGCAAUGACAUUAAGGAGCCUCGUUUGGGGAGCAUCUAUACCUUCACCCUCUAUAGCGACAGACAAGGAUUUGGUGCACAGGAGUGCGAACCCCGAUCCGUCACAAGGUUUGCCGUGCCAAUGAAGUCCAUGAGCAGCAUCAGGCUGCCUCCGGAGGAGGCAAGACCUGCCCGGAACUACUUGCGGCAGUCACUUUUCUAUCCAGCCUUAGAGGAGCAGGGCAUCACCCUUCGAAGGUAUCUCUGGGGAGACCCCAGUGGAUCCUCACUGCACAUUUUCGAGCUGUGGGGACAUCCAGAGGCCAUCAUCACUGUAGCUGACCAGCUGAACCUGUUGCAGAUGGAGGUGCUGACGAGGCACCGCAUGUGCCGCCCAAAUGCCGAUGGGCGUGGAAGCCAAGCGGCCAACAGAGUAUGUGGAGCCCAGAAGAAUGUCUACUGCGAUGGGAUUUUCGACUUGUGCCACAUUGGCCACCAGAAUCUGUUCCGCAAUGCCUCCAAGCUUGGCACCCACGUGUGGGUGGGAGUUGUUGGAGACAAGGAUGCAAACAGCUACAAGCGUCCGCCAAUCAUGACAGCAGCCGAGAGAGAGGCUCAGGUGCUUGGGUGCAAACACGUGGACAGGGUAAUACCCAAUGCUUUGUGUUUUGGUAUGACGGAAGAGUUUCUGAAGGAGCACGAUAUUCAUGUUUGUGCUGUGGGCCAGGAGUACUUUGAUCGAUAUCCAAAUCCUGAUGAUGAUCCAUACUACAAAGUCCCACGAAAGAUGGGCAUCGCUGUCCCGUUGCCCCGUUUUGAAGGUUUGUCAACGUCUGAUCUCAUACGGAGGAUUCGAGAAAGAGCAUCACCAGACUGGACUGUAAGCAGUUUACCUUCACCCACAGGAGAUGCAUUGGGCACGCGGGCGUCAGAUGACUACCACAGAAAAGAAUGCCUGAGUGAGCCACGAAAGAAUGUUUACUGCGACGGUAUUUUUGACAUGUGCCACAUUGGCCACCAGAAUCUGUUCCGCAAUGCCUCCAAGCUUGGCACCCACGUGUUUGUGGGAGUUGUUGGAGACAAGGAUGCAAACAGCUACAAGCGUCCGCCAAUCAUGACAGCAGCCGAGAGGGAGGCUCAGGUGCUUGGGUGCAAAGACGUGGACAGGGUAAUACCCAAUGCUUUGUGUUUUGGUAUGACGGAAGAGUUUCUGAAGGAGCACGAUAUUCAUGUUUGUGCUGUGGGCCAGGAGUACUUUGAUCGAUAUCCAAAUCCUGAUGAUGAUCCAUACUACAAAGUCCCACGAAAGAUGGGCAUCGCUGUCCCGUUGCCCCGUUUUGAAGGUUUGUCAACAUCUGAGCUGAUUCAAAGAGUGCAAGAUCGAUUUCCUCCUGAUGAGCCUGCGAAGUAA